AUGCGGGAGGCGCGGUUCAGGGACCACUUUUGGAGUACGGAUCUGACGAGCACAGUUGGCUACGACAGCAUCAUUCAACAUCUGAAUGAUGGCAGGAAGAACUGCAAAGAGUUUGAAGACUUUCUGAAGGAAAGGGCAAUUAUAGAAGAAAAAUAUGGCAAAGAGCUCAUUAACUUGUCAAAGAAGAAGCCCUGUGGGCAGACAGAGCUGAACACUCUGAAGAGAUCCCUGGAUGUUUUCAAACAACAGAUAGACAAGGUGGGGCAAGGUCACGUCCAACUGGCGCAAACCCUGCGGGAGGAAGCAAAGAAAAUGGAAGACUUCAGGGAAAAGCAAAAACUGCAUCGGAAAAAG